AUGUUCUCUUCGUGGAACUCUCCGGCCUACCCAGAGAUUCCCGACGUCGCCCAGCCAGGCUUGGGUACAUUCGGCGGCAGAUAUAUCUCCGGUAAGCAUGUCUUCUGUCUGAUCGAUCCUUUUAUUAUACCAAGCUUCGACGAGUUUGGCGCAGCACUCGGCACAACCCAGUUAACGAUCGACAAGUUUAUAGCGAAGAGUAAAACAGCUGGACUUCAGAAAGUCGUGAUUGACCUCCAGCAAAACACUGGCGGAGAGGUGCUCUUGGCUGUUGACAGGUUCAAACGUUUCUUCCCCGACAUCGAGCCAUUCGCAGGGUCACGUCUCCGCGCCCAAGACGCUACCAACAUAAUGGGCCAGACUCUGACGACCUACUUCAACCAACUGUCGUCGACCGAACCCGACUCUGGUAUCCUGGCUGCCGACGAAUGGGUUGCAACCGCUCGCCUGGAUGCUGAGACAGGCUCCAACUUCACUUCCUGGGAUGACUUGUUUGGGCCUUUGUCAGAUGGAGGGCACCUUUUCACGAAGACGGUAAGUAAGCCACAGCGAAGAAUUCGGGUUUGUGUUCUGCCUUGUCUGACAUGGUUCCGCCAAAAGCAACGAUUCAAUCUCUCAAGUGAAGUCUUCGUCGAUAACUCGCUUGAAGAUGAAGGAGACUUCCAGGUCAUUCCAGCGUCCGCCGAUGCAGCCGCACCACCAUGGCCCCCCGGGGAUAUCAUUCUCCUGACCGAUGGCAUUUGCGGGUCAUCGUGUGCGCUUCUCGUGGAGAUGAUGCACCACGAAGCUGGCGUCCGUGUUGUCACUGUCGGAGGCAGGCCUCAAACUGGACCAAUGCAAGCAGCCAGUGGAUCCAGGGGCGCCCGCGUACUAUCGACUUCCAUCCUCGACAGCAAUAUAGACUUUGUGCAAGAACUGCUAGGCGAUUCUCCAGAGGCCGGCUUCCUUCCGAAUCGCACCGAAGCUCUGGACGUCUUUUUUCUUGACGCUGGCAUAAACUUGCGCGAUCAGGUUCGCCGGAGAGAAACGACUCCUCUUCAAUUCGCCUACGAAGCGGCUGACUGCCGUAUCUUCUACACGCCCCAGACAGUCUUCAACUACACUGCCCUAUGGCAGUAUGCCGCCGACGCCAUCUGGGGCACGCAGGACCUGUGCGUUUCUGGAUCCACGGGUUAUGCGACUACUUCCAAAAACGUAACGGACUGGACCGGACCACCAUCCUCGCGGCCUUCAACCUUCAACAUAGUAGAUCACAUAACUAUCGCCAAUGGCUCCGCGGUCGACGACCUGGGCCAGCUUGUCGGUGACCUACUGGGCGGCAGACUGACGCGAACCAACCAGGUCUUCACGAACUGCGAUAGCUUCGGCGGCUGUCCUCGGUUCCAAACCUGUGUGGCGAUCCAACGUGCCGUGAAGGCGCUCGCUGUCCGCUGA